CCCAAUUGAACUCUUCAAAAUCUGAACGGGGUCAGGUUAGCCUUUGGCUGAAUGAGCGGAGCGAAGCAGGCAGGACGCGAUGUAGGUGUGAGAGUUCCUGGAUUGGGACUUUUCUUCUUUGAAUAGAGGGGCGCGAGAAAUGGAAAAGGAGGCGGUUUUGCCCCGCUGCUCGGUGGCCUGCAGAAUAAAAGGAUGUUGAAGACUAUAAAACAAGCCCUUUUUUCUUCUGGCUUGGAGAUGCCUAAAUGGACUGCAUUGCCAAAUCAGGCAUCUGAUUAUGAAAUUCGACAGUAUGAACCUGCCAAAUGGGUGUGUACAUCUCUUAAAACCAUAGACUGGGAUGCAGCCAUCAAUGCUGGCUUCAUGAAGCUCUUUAACUAUAUUAAAGGCAAGAAUGAAAAAGGAACAAAGAUAGCUAUGACAGCUCCAGUGACAUGCUAUGUCCAGCCAGGAACUGGCCCGUUCUCCGAGUCCAUCACAACAGUUGCCUUUUAUUUGCCAACUCAGUACCAGGCAAACCCACCCAAGCCUUCAGAAGCAGAUGUCUUCAUCGAAACCAAGCCAGCAAUUACAGUCUUUGUCAGAUCAUUUGGGGGAUUUGCUAAAGCUAAAAAAAACCAAGAAGAAAUACAGGCACUUGCUGAAACUUUAAGGCGGGAUGGAAGAACAUUUCAAGAAAAGAUCUAUUAUACUGCUGGUUAUGACAGUCCAUUUAAAUUGCUGAACAGGCAUAAUGAAGUUUGGCUUAUCAAAAAAAGCUAAACUCUUUCCACAGCAAUACAGAUUAUAAGUAUUAACUUUUAAAUGCUUAAUUGAAAAGGGAACUUUCCUUAUGUAUAAAAGCUGUGUUCCUGUAUAUUUUCUAACAUAUUUCUUUGCUUUUACCAUUGCCUAAAUUUCUAUGCUGAUAUAAAACUCAUCUUUUUUUUGAUAAAAUAUGACUAAUAGAAUAAUGCUAAUAAUUAUUAUUUUAUAAUAUUUAUAAUCCUUGAAAGGGAAGAAUUCUGUUUUGUAGUAAAUUAAUUGAACUUUCUACAAAAACAGUAAUGCUUAUGCAAGACUUUUCCACCAAAUUGGAGGCCUAAUCUGGGGAGAAAGGAAAUUUGAAAGGCAGGUAAAGAAAUCUAGAAUCUCUGUAAAUCCCACAGUUGUUUCUGGAGUUUUGUUUUCCUUCAGUAGGACGCAAACUGCUAAAGGGCAUUAUUUUACUGCUGAUCUUUGCUGCAAAAUCAAACAUAGUGAUUUUUUGAUAGUCUUGAUAUACUAAUUAAAUAAAAAGCCAUUUCAAGUCCCCCCACCUUCCACAGAAUAGGGAAAGGGGCAGAAAAUUACACCCCUGCUGCAUUACCAAAUCCCACCAUAUCCCUUGGAGAAAAACAUUAAAAGGCAGUACUCUUGAGCUGACCAAAAAGAGAUUACUUAGGUAAGCCAGGAGAUCCUAUCUGCUUCCCCUUUAGCCCUUUUGGACCCCUUUGAAAAUGUUAUUUAAAAGGUAAGAAAGUUAAUGCCAAUCCCCAGCUGCCUCUUAAAUGAAACACUGGGCUGGGGAUUUUUAAACAAUUCUGAUGUGUCCUGUAAAUCAGGGGUUGCUGAAUUUGGGAGGCACUUGUGGCCUAUUUAGGGGGCAGUUUUUAGGGUGAGAAUGAGAGCAGCUUGCUUCAGAGGCCACCCAUUCCCUUUCUCCUCCUUAACUUAUUGAUUGUGGCGCUUAAUUCUCUGAACUUAAUUUUUCUGAAUAAUUAUUGAAUAUAUAGGUAAUUCUUGUUUAGCAAUUGGUUCCGGCAACUCAAUCAUUAUGUGAAGUGGUUGCUGUGUGAAAAUCAUGUAACUGCUUAUGAUUUUUCUUCAGCUUCCCUUUUUUCCUUACUCCCUCACCCUUUGCAAUACUCAUCCCAGUGCUAAAAUAAUUAACUAGAAUGUAAUUUGUAUUUACAUUCAUUGGAGGAGGGAUGACAAGAGUAAGCAGGCACACAAUGGGCAAUAGACAUUGAAAGGAAUGCAGUAGGUUGGCUGUGGUGCUUGCAGUUGCUUAAGAGGCAAAGAAAAGCCUUCAACGUGAAACUGAUUAGGAUCUUGUCAGUUUCAGAUAGCAAGGGUAGUGGGCUGGCCUGUUCUAAUCAAAUUAUUAAGGUUCACAGAGCUGACCUUGUUUACUUGUAGUUAGGACUUUGGGGAAAGUUCUGUGCAGGGACAAAAGCAGUUCAGGAAAUAAAGCUUGUUUAAAGCAAUCUGUAAAGGGGUAAGAACGGGAAAAAAAAUCAAGUUAACCAAAGAACAAUGCAGUAUAGUGCUGACUGACUGUUGUGGCGAACACAUGACAGAUGCUGCAAAGGUUAUAAAUGCAGGCAUUAGUCGCAGUUACAUUUUUGACACAGUUUUCACUUCAAAAGAUUGCUUUUUGAGGCAAGUACUUAAGAACUAAGAAGGGAUAUCCUUAAUUGGAAAACCAGAUUCCAGUUGAUUGUUAGAUGCCACAGUGUAUGUAAAUUAUCAUUCACAUGCUAUAAAUAUUCAAGAAUAUUCAUGCCUGAAGGAGAUUCAACUAUCAUUAGUUUGUGGGUGAAAAUAUUUGACAUUAGUUUGUGGUUUGUUUUGGGGUGAAAAUAUUUGUGAAGCCUUGAGGGCCAUAAAGCAGAAAAUUUAGCAGUUUAGUUCACUAGAGUUCAAUGCUAUUAUCUUCCAUAUAGUAUGCGGUGAGUUUUUCUACCAUGGAAAUAUGCAGUAUUGCUGAUCCAUGUUGCUAUAAUGAAAAUUAGCAUAACUUGGUCAGAUUAUGAUGGGGGUUUCAGACUCCUAGAUUAAUGCAUCAUUAAUGUAUGAUUCUUACUUUUACUGUAUUAUAAACUGCAUUUUUAAUACCUGAAAGUUUGUAAGGCGCUAUAUAUCUUUUUUUAAAGAAAAGAUUAAUGUAGAGUUCAAUUCUGGUACUUCAGCUAAAAUUCUUAUCACAGAUCUCCCAGUUAUCCUGUAUUUUUAUUCAGUAUAAUUAAUAUGGAAAACUAGUGUUACUUCUCAAUGAAAUUGUAUUGUAUGCUGGUUUUUCCUCAUGUUUGUGUAUACAGAUAGUUGACUUGCAACCAGUAGCUUAGUGACCCUUUGAAGUUAUAACAGACCUCCCCAACACUAUUUACAACCCAGAUUUUAAGUUCCAGGGGCCACCUCCGUCACAACUGCAUUUUGGAGCUCGGCAAUCAGCCCACAUUUACAGCCAUUUGCAGCAUCUCAUAAUCAUGUGAUCACAAAUUAUGCUUUGGGGGGGGGGCAAAAAUCACAGUUUCUGGCAAAAUGCCCAUUGUGAAUAAUGAUUUCACUUAAUGACUAUGAUGUUUGCUUAAUGGCCAUGGUUAAUAUCUUAAUGACCACUGCAAAGCAGGUUGUAAAAUUGAGAAUGAUCACAUAAUCUACCAUAAUUCUGGGCUCAAUUACAGUUGUAAGUUAAGGACUACCCGUAUAACAGAGAAUAGCAAACAAAGAAAAAUGUAUACAUACUAAUUUUGUGCCAUAAAACAAUAGAAAGAGGAAAUAUUUCUUUGUACACAUUAGUCUCUAAACUUAACGAGACAUAAAACUCUCCCUUAAAAUUUCAUGCCCUCUUAACAGUUGGCUUAAUCAUACCAAACACUAAAGGUGCUUUUUAGUACUAAACAGAAGAGGCAAGCCUGAAAUUGGAUAUUGUUUGUAAGCAAUUAAAUGGUUUACUAAUAAAUACAUACUCAAGCCUGCCUUUUAAAAUCAAAUAAUUGUACUUUUACUAAGAACACAUGAUGUAAUGUUUCAUAUUUAAUUAUAUAUGUUUUGGGGAAUAAUUCCUUAUUUGGCAAGUACGCUAUUUUGUAAACAUCUUGGUUUAAUAGGUAUUGUAUACAUGCAUUGGCUGAAGCACAAGGAAAAAAAUGAAAACAAGCAUGUCUGUGUAUGACUGAUAUAUGUGCAAGUAAGUAGUUAAAAAUAUUCUGUUCUGAAGAACAUCCCACGGAAUUCCAGAAUGUUAGUUUUCCCCAGACCGGCUGGUCCAGAUACAACAAUUUCUAAGCCUGUGAACCUUUUUUUGGAUUAUAUUAUAUUUCCCUAUUAUUGGUAACAUGACAUAAAAUCUACACAACUGGUUCCAUUUAACAUUGUUUAUUGCAAACUCAUCCCUUUGAUAUGAAUUAUUGGUAGUGAAGUGUGAUGGGGUAUACUAUGCCCUACUCUCUUUCUCUUCAAUGCUUGCUUCAAACUCCCUGGUUUGAGAACAAAUACUGUAGGCAGAUUUUUCCUAAGCCCAUGUGUACAAAUGUUUCUAAGCAUUCUAAGAGUGGGUACACAUCGCUGAGUUUGAACACAAUAACAUAAGUAAGCUAUUCUCUAAACAGCAAUAGAGUUUUCAGUCAGAUAGGCAGAGCAAGGUGGAUACAUAAUUUCAAAGUAUUUAAUUUUAUCUGAAAUUUUGGAACUAAAAUGCAGUUAUUUAAAAAAAAAAAUACCAUGCUGAUGUAUCCUCACAGCAACCAGUGUGUUUUCAGAAAUGAUUACUGAUUACUGCAAAUGUCAAAGCUACUCUCCCCAUAAAAUACAUGGAAUGGUUUCUUUUUUUCCUUUUGGAUCUUUCUGAUUAUGUGGAUCAUCUUUCUUAAGAGGAAAAUAAACAUAUACUGUAAGAGAUAAA